GGGCCUGGCCCUGGCUCCUGGGCUCCUUAGCAGCCGGCCCUGCCGCUUUUCUGCCUCCUCGGGCGUUGGGGGUCGCGCAGGGCGGGACAUGGGUGACCGGAAGUGGGAGCUGUGAGCGACGCCACCUGGGGCGCUGAGGCCCGAGGCGCCGUCGGGGCCACCGCGACGCACGCAUGGAGAGCGCUGGGCGUCGGCUUGCGCACCGACAGCUAACCGGGGCGCAGGGGCUCUGCAGGGCGGGGGCUUUGCAGAACCGACUGGCCUCCCGGGGCGCGGGAACAUGAGGCUCGACUUGGAGCCCGCUGCGGGCCAGGCGCACAGUGCGCGGUCUCGCACUACUCGCCGGUGAACUGCGCGGAGCGCCGGGAUUCGCCCGUCGUUGUCAGUGGCGGCAUGGUCUUCUGUCUGGAAAACGAGGUGCCGCACCGCCCGCUGCGAAGCGCCAUGGUCCACUUCCAGGCCUCGGAAGUCCAGCAGCUGCUACACAACAAGUUCGUGGUCAUCUUGGGGGACUCCAUCCAGAGAGCUGUGUAUAAGGACCUGGUGCUUCUGCUCCAGAAAGACUCACUGCUUACAGCUGCCCAGUUGAAAGCCAAGGGGGAGCUGAGCUUUGAACAGGACCAACUGGUGGCUGGGGGCCAGCUGGGUGAGCUGCACAACGGGACACAGUAUCGUGAGGUCCGCCAGUUCUGCUCGGGUUCUGGCCACCACCUUGUACGCUUCUACUUCCUCACCCGCGUUUACUCCGAGUACCUUGAGGACGUCCUGGAGGAGCUGACAUAUGGGCCUGCCCCCGACUUGGUGAUCAUCAACUCCUGCCUCUGGGAUCUCUCCAGGUAUGGCCGUUGCUCAAUGGAGAGCUACCGAGAGAACCUGGAACGAGUGUUUGUGCGCAUGGACCAAGUGUUACCAGAUUCCUGUUUGCUGGUGUGGAACAUGGCAAUGCCCCUAGGGGAGCGUGUCACUGGGGGUUUUCUUUUGCCAGAGCUCCAGCCACUCGCAGGCUCUCUACGGCGGGAUGUGGUUGAGGGGAACUUCUACAGUGCUACACUGGCAGGGGACCAUUGCUUCGAUGUCCUGGACCUCCACUUCCACUUCCGGCAUGCAGUACAGCACCGCCAUCGAGAUGGUGUCCACUGGGACCAGCAUGCACACCGCCACCUCUCACAUCUGCUUCUGACCCAUGUGGCUGAUGCCUGGGGCGUGGAACUGCCCAAGCGUGACCGUCCCCCUGACCCGUGGAUUGAGGACUGGCCAGAGAUGGAUCAUCCAUUCCAGGGAAGCCAUAGGCAGUCCCCAGACUUCGGGGAGCAGCUGGCCUUGCCUCCGCCCCCACCCUCUCCUUUACCUCCUCCCAUGUCUUUUCCCUACCCUCUUCCUCAGCCCUCACCACCUCCCUUGUUCCCACCCCUGCCCCAGGAUGCCCCUUUUUUCCCAGGCCAGCCCUUCCCACCCCAUGAAUUCUUCAAUUACAAUCCAAUGGAGGACUUCUCGAUGCCACCCAACCUAGGAUGUGGCCCUGGAGUGAACUUUGUGCCUGGCCCCCUGCCACCUCCAGUCCCUGGCCCUGUCUCCCAUGGUCAGCACCGAGGCCCAGUGGUCCACCGGGGAAUGCCACGCUGUGUUCCCAACAGCCCCUACCAUGUGCCGAGGAUGGUAGGACCCUGUAGACAACGGCUCAGGCACUCAGACAGACUGAUCCACACAUACAAACUGGACAGACGGGGACAUACCCAUUCGGGAACAUGGCCUGGUUAGAUUGGAUCUGGGCUGGGGGCUGGAUGUGCCAGUGGCCCUGCAGGGCCUGCCUGGCACCCCAGGUGUUGGGCCUGGCAUUGUUCUUGUCCAUUGCUGUCACCAAUAAAGGCAUGGAAGGACAGAGUGACAUAUUCUGUAUAAAGAAAGUGGGUCUCCCAAACCUUGGUCUUUAGAGUUGGUGAGGCUGCCUUUCACUUUCUCCAAUAUUGGACAUUUGACCUCACACUAUUUAGAAGUCAUUGAAUGCGCUCUCUGCUGUCAACACAUUCAUGUCUACCUUCACCAGAAUACAUAUACUUAGCAAAGAUUAUGGAGGGGUCUCUUGUGGUCAGCAGCUCUUUGGGCCUGGGAAAAAUCAAGGGCUAAAAUUUUGGAUCUGGCUAAUUCUUACCUGUAUGUCCCAGUUGCAUGUAAUCUUAUAUGUAUUCAAUAUUCAUCGAUUCCUGGAGGUAGAUACUUUAUCUGGCAUAAUUCUUAGCACAUAGGUGGCACUCAUUGUUUAGAACUAAACCAGAAGCUUGCAAAUCCAAAUGCAAAACCAAUUAGAAACUCACUGUUUACCUGAUGUAAUGUACGGUGGAAAAAAAUUAAACAAGCUUUUGGUUGUGGGAAACAGAAUUGAAAAAGGAAUCCAAGGUGGUUGCAGGGCCAGGGUAUUAGUAUAGAGAGUUGGCUAAACUCAAUGUGGAAAUUAAGAAAAGCAGAGGAAUUCAGCUUUGACAAGUGGUCCUGUCUCUUGGGUUCUGAUCCUACAAAGGUCAUCAGUGGUGGAAUAUGGGCUAAAAUGGUGGGAGGCAUCCAGGAUGGAUCAUGGCACUGGGCUGAUGAGUGAUGUAGAGGCAGAAAAAAAAUGAAGACCACUUAAAUAAUCAUGAAGCAGAAUGAAUGGAGGGCAUGAUACAUGAUUCUUUCACUUACUUCCUGUUCUGAUUAAUGAAUCCUUUGAAAAGGACAUUAAUAUCUAACACAAAAGGAGACAAAUAGCAGAUCAGAAAAAUUGUUGAUUCUGGCUAGCAGUCUACUAGACUAAGUGCAAGUAAAAGGAAAUGAUUAACACACAUUGGUGCUGAGGAAACAGGUACAGGCAUCCGGAAUUGAUAAAACCCUUUUGAAGUGCCAAACGAGGCAGUCUUGCAAAGACACCAGCAUGAUGCCUGAAACAAAUACUUUCGAAUAUCUUUGGUAUAAACAAAAAAGGGGACAUAACAAAAAUGAAGUUUUUUUUUUUUAUGGAAAUACAAAUACAUAAUUUUCUUGACAAAAAAAAAAAUUUUUUUUUUUUCCUUAGUAAACCCCAUCUUGGAGCAGCUCUCCAACUGCAUCCACUUUGCCCAAUCCCUUGCCACUGCUUUGUGGCUUUCCUUCUCAAAACCCUUUCCUCUGUCCAGAUGCUUUUGCAUCUCUACUUCUGGAGGCUCUGACUGUUGUUGGAGAGUACUUUGCACCUGGAUUGAUUUGCAGGAUGAAAACAAUGUGAGCUACCCAGUCUUGCUGGGCCUUCUCUGUUGCAUGCCAUCUUAUUCUCCAAGAAUUCUGUCACCUUUCCGACUUAGUCAUUCCAAGGUUUUCCCACUGGCUUCUGGAACUCCAUCCUGACUCUAGAACUCUCUAUGAGCAACCUUGGUACUGUUUAAUGUGCUCAACAUCCCCUGCAUUCUACCUCUGUUUUUUAUUUCCACCCCAUUUUGCUCUGUGGCUUACCUCACCCAUGGUGAAGUUUCAUAACCUUUAUAUCUAUGUCCUGACCCUUUUUACCCUGAAAUUUUCAGCUUUAAAAUGUGCUGAAAUAUCUUAUUCUCUUUAAACUUGAAUUUUAUCAUAAGAAUAGAAUAAAGACAUUAUUUUCAAUUUGUUGUCAUAUAAGCUUGUGUAGUACAAAUCACUUGUGAAAACUUGACUCCUGUAUUACAGAUUUUAUUCAGUCAUGACUGGGAAACAAGAAACUUAAAAAUAGCUUUACACAAGCCAUCAUUUGCAUUUAAAUUAUUUCCUGGCUUUUGUUUUGAGACGAAAAAAUAAUGAAAAUCUUAUGUUCCCCCAGUAUGUAGGCCCACUAUUGGCUCAGAACAGAACUCAAACUGUGUUGUCUCAGAAACCAUAAUUGACCAUUAACAAGGCAUUCAGUAAGACAGUCUUGCUUUGUCUCCUUCUCAUGGAAUCUUGGUUUUGUUUUUUUGAAUCUUGGUUUUCAAAGAAUAUAUCCAGUAUUCAUUCCUUUGCCAUACCAAGAUAUUCCUAAAAGGAGCAAAAGAUGCAUGAGCACUUUACUCUCAUUUCAGCCUUUCCUCUCCAGGGGGGAAAUUUUUUUUUUAAAGGAAGGUUAAAACUAGUGGAAUUGCUUUUUUCAGAAUAUUUGAUCUAAACUGGAAGUUUUCCAACAAAAGUGGAUAACUUGCCUUCUGUUAAAUUAUUCAGUUCUUGGCAUAGAUUGUAUGUCCAAUUAGGUGUCAGAGUACAUCUGAGACAUGUAAUAGUGAAAGAUAAACUCUGAUUGCAAGUAAAUGCAUCUAUUCUUUCUUUUUAAGUUAGCUUUAUUGACAUGUAAUUUAUAUACAAUAAACUGCAUAUAUUUAAAGUG